CGUGCAACGUGCAAAUACGCAUCUCGUGUGUGCUCUUAGCUGCGCUGCCAGAGCUGGUCGAUAUUAUAUCCUCCUACCAAUUCUCUCCAACCCCCCCCACCCCUGCAACAACAGCCAGAUCGAUCUAUUUCUCUCUUUCUUUGCCCUUUGCCUGCGCGCCGCUGGCCCCCUAAUAUCUCACUCAACUUGUCGCAUCGGCUCCCCAGCUUCCAAGCUUCAUCGUCGUCAUCAUCAUUUGGCGCGUGUGUGCGCGACUUAUUCGCGUUGCGUCUUGGCUAUCAACCAACCACUCAACCAACAACCCUUGGACGUCGCGCCUCUUCUUUUGAACAACAACAGAUCAGACACUUUAGAUUCAUGGCGCGUUCGAUGCUCGUCUAUCCUCUACUCUCUAGAUAAUGAAGACGCGACGCGCUUGAAAGAAUGGCAUCAAGAUUGGACCGCCUCGUCACGCUCCUGGAGACGGGCAGCACGCAACUCAUCCGAUUCACCGCAGCUCAGCAGUUAGCCGAUGUCCAGAAGGCCCAUCCUGAAGAGCUAUUCAACCUCCUCACCAGAGUCGUCCCCUAUCUCCGCCACAAGACAUGGGAGACCAGGAUAGCAGCCGCCAAGGCCUUGGGCGGCAUCGUCGAUCACGCCGAGAAGUACGACCCCAAUGCUGCUGACGAACCAACGAAAGAGGAACCAAAGAAGGAAGAGGAUGAAACCUCCAUCAAGAAAGAAGAGAUCAUUGAUGAUACUCCUCUUCCAGAUGGCCAACUAAGUCUAAACACCCUGGACAUUGUAUCAAUCCUUGAGCACGGGAAGGACCUCCUGAGAGGCGGAGGGAAGGAGAUCGAUUAUGCUCUUGCAACCCUCACGCCUGCGCAACGGCUUGACCAUCAAAAGAAGACCCUGGCCGGUCGGCUCGGUCUUUUAGGAGAGUACCUUGAGGAAGAAGACAUCGACCUUCCAGCCAGGGAGCAGAAUGGCUUGGCCACGCCUCAUCCAACUACAUCUAACGGGCAUGAUGGCAGUAGCACCCCGAAAAAUGCGCCCCCCGCGACCCCUUCAGAAGAAGCUGGCCUCAGUGCGAGACAGCUAAAUCAACUGAAGCGGAAGAGGAAGAGAGAAGCCCAAUCUGCAGGCGCAAAGAAUAGACUCGUAGAUCUGUCAGCGAGACGUACGAAUACCUUUGGAUCCGAUGAUACUGCCAUGUCAGAUAUUAACGGUAGUGAGGAAUCGAAAGUUAAUGACUAUUUCUCGUUAGAGAGAUCUUCAGAGGUUGAUGAGAGUUCCAAGGUCGUCUCAGAAUUCAAGGGUCAAGUCUUACCCAUAAAAUCGGAACUGCAGACCGAUGAAGAGGCUGAAGGAGCCGAGUGGCCGUACGAACGACUAUGCGAAUUCCUCAUGAUUGAUCUCUUCGAUCCGCAAUGGGAGACGCGACACGGGGCCGCGAUGGGUCUCCGAGAGAUCAUUCGCGUCCACGGUGCAGGAGCGGGUCGUGUACGUGGGAAGUCCCGUGCUGAGAACGACAUUCUGAAUCAGCGAUGGCUUGAUGACCUUGCUUGUCGGUUAUGCUGCGUCUUCAUGCUGGAUAAGUUUGGGGAUUACGUAUCCGAUACCGUCGUGGCCCCCAUCCGAGAGACGGUCGGACAAACGCUUGGCGCCUUGCUUAUCCACCUCCCCGCUGCUUCUGUAUACGCUGUCCACCGUAUACUCUAUCGACUGGUGAUGCAAGAAGACCUCGGGAUCAGCAAACCUGCGUGGUCUGUCUGCCAUGGCGGUAUGAUUGGGCUACGUUACUUGGUCGCGGUGCGAAACGAUCUUCUGUUAAAAGACAACGACAUGAUUGAUGGAGUCAUUGCGGCUGUUAUGAAAGGCCUCGGCGACUUGGAUGAUGAUGUACGCUCAGUCAGUGCUGCGACUCUUAUCCCCAUUGCGAAGGAAUUCGUCAACUUGCGACCGGAAGCCCUGAAUGGUCUUAUCAACAUCGUCUGGGAAUGUCUUUCCAAUCUGGGUGAUGACCUGAGCGCUAGUACUGGACAGAUCAUGGACCUCCUCGCCAAGCUCUGUAGUUUCCCUGAGGUUUUGGAGGCAAUGAAGAAGAAUGCAGCAGCAGAUCCGGAGCAGUCAUUUGCCCUGUUGGUUCCCAGAUUAUAUCCCUUCCUCCGUCAUACUAUCACUUCAGUGCGCUCAGCGGUCCUUCGAGCUUUGUUGACCUUCGUCAAUAUCGAAGGCGAAGGCACUCGAGAUUGGCUGAAUGGCAAGAUCCUACGCCUCAUCUUCCAAAAUAUCUUGGUUGAACGAAAUCAAGACACACUGAACCUUUCACUACAAGUCUGGGCAGCUUUGGUGAAAUUCCUAGCAAAGAACCCCGACGACCUCGCCGAGCAAUUCUCCGCACACGUCGAUCCCCUCAUGCAAUUAACCCUUCACCCUAUUGGUGUCUCCCGGCAUCCAUUGCCUAUGAAUGCGAGCCUUUUCCAAAAGCCGUCUGGCAGUACUUACGCUAUGCCAAGCGGUUUCGUCCCGGCAGCUCCUCCGAGACCAGUAUCCCCGUCGGCUACCGAGCCCCCUGCAAAGAAGCGAAGAAAGUCGACGAAGGCUGUUGAGCCGGCUCCCACAACUUCAUCUCAUGAUGUUGAUGGCCACAUGAUGCAAGGGGAUGUUGACUUGGUUGGCAUGGAUAUCCUUAUACGAUCUCGUAUAUCGGCGGCCAAGGCAAUGGGUCUUAUUAUGUCUCUCGUGCCCUCCAACGUGAUUGAAGCCUACGAUGCGAGCAUUAUCCCUGGCAUGACUUCUGCAUUCGCGUCUACCCAACUCACAGCAGUUCUCAUUAUCGAUGAAUACGCAAAGAAUUGUGUCGAGAAAGAUCAGGCAUCACGAUUUAUCGACCCGCUCCAGAAGAUCAUCGAGACCGAUCGGCCUUUGCAUUAUCGCGAUCUUGUAAGCUACACACAGCUUGUUCGUGCCCAAUGUGCGCAAUUGAUCAACACCUUCCGUGAUGUUGGUAGGGUAUCACAAAGUCGACUGCCAACACUCGCUGUAGUAGUCCAAGGCGAGGCAGAAGCUGGACCAGACGCCUUCUCGAUGCUGACUGCUGAGAAGUGCGUAAAUGAGGAUUUUGAUAGACUGAAGAAAGCCCUUGCUCCUGGUCAGCGAUUAAUUGCUACCCAAGCGUUGGCUGAAGCUCGUAAUAGCGUUAUGGAAGUCAUUGACAAUGCCAAGAGCAUCAAAGAGCAGCGGGAUAUCCGCAUCAGAGCUGCUGCUGCGAGCGCCUUGGUUGCGAUGAAGGUCUCGCCAAAGAAGCCGACGCAUAUCAUCAAGGGAAUGAUGGAUAGUGUCAAGAAGGAAGAGAAUGUUGAGCUCCAGCAGCGCUCGGCUGCUUCUGUAGCGAGACUUGUUGAGCUCUUUGCGGAAGGCGGUCGAUCCGGACCGGCUCAGAAAGUCGUCUCCAACCUGGCCAAGUUCAGUUGCAUUGAUACAUCAGAGACCCCCGAAUUCACACCGAAUGCAAACUUCACAAAUAAUAUUCUAUCCCUUCGAAAGGAGGAGGACCGAAGAGAUCAUCCAGAUGCUGCUAAGUUUGCCAGAGAAGCAAAGGAGGCUCGAAUUAUCCGAAGAGGUGCGAAAGAGGCGUUGGAGCAGUUGUCAAGUAUCUUUGGUGCCCAACUCCUCCAGAAAGUCCCAACGCUCAGGUCUAUCAUGGAGGAUCCCUUGCAACAUGCCUUCGCUGGAGAUCUUCCAGCAGAUACGAAGGAUCCAGCACAGGAGGCAGGCCAAGCAGCGAUCGAUGCCAUGUCUGUACUUCGAGCCUUGACGCCGACUCUGGACAAGGAAUUACAUUCUUUUGUUAUGCAGUUGGCCCCCUUGGUUAUCAAAUCAUUACAUUCAGAGCUCUCAGUCUUCCGAUAUAUGGCCGCCAAAUGCCUUGCUACAAUCUGCAGCGUUAUAACUGUGGAAGGUAUGACAAUGCUGGUCGAGAAGGUGUUACCAUCGAUCAGCAACCCAGUCGAUCUCAAUUUCCGCCAAGGUGCAAUCGAGGUAGUCUACCAUCUCAUUCACGUGAUGGGAGACAACAUCUUACCAUAUGUGAUCUUCCUCAUCGUGCCUGUUCUUGGUCGUAUGAGUGACUCGGACAAUGAUGUCCGACUUAUCGCGACAACCACCUUUGCCACCCUUGUCAAGCUUGUUCCACUUGAGGCGGGUAUUCCCGACCCUCCUGGAUUGUCUCAAGAACUCCUGAAGGGACGUGAUCGAGAACGAACUUUCAUCUCUCAAUUACUGGAUCCCCACAAGGUCGAACCAUUCACAAUUCCCGUUGCAAUCAAGGCGGAGCUUCGAUCUUAUCAGCAAGAGGGUGUUAACUGGCUCCAUUUCUUGAACAAGUAUCACCUUCACGGCAUCCUUUGCGACGAUAUGGGUCUCGGAAAAACCUUGCAGACACUGUGUAUUGUGGCUAGUGAUCAUCACAUGCGGGCUGAAGAGUUCGCUAAGACUGGAGCGCCAGAUGUACGACGCUUGCCAUCUCUAAUCAUCUGCCCUCCUACGCUCUCUGGUCAUUGGCAGCAGGAAAUCAACACAUAUGCGCCAUUCCUCACCUGCACUGCAUACGUUGGACCUCCAGCUGACCGACAACGCUUGCGGGAUCAACUAUCCAAGACUGACAUCGUUAUCACAUCAUAUGAUAUCUGUCGAAACGAUUCUGAUGUUCUUACCCCACUGAACUGGAAUUAUCUUGUUCUUGAUGAGGGUCAUUUGAUCAAGAAUCCGCGAGCAAAGGUCACCAUUGCUGUGAAACAGCUCCACAGCAAUCAUCGCCUCAUUCUUUCGGGUACGCCGAUUCAAAAUAACGUCUUGGAACUUUGGUCCCUGUUCGAUUUCCUGAUGCCCGGCUUUCUUGGUACGGAGAAGGUAUUCCUCGACCGCUUCGCCAAACCCAUUGCCGCCAGCCGCUUCAGUAAAUCGUCAUCCAAGGAGCAGGAGGCCGGUGCCCUUGCCAUCGAAGCAUUGCAUAAGCAAGUCCUACCAUUCCUACUACGUCGUCUCAAGGAAGAGGUUCUGGAUGAUCUACCCCCUAAGAUCCUGCAGAACUACUACUGUGAUCUCAGCGAUCUUCAGAAGAAGCUGUUCGAAGACUUCACUAAGAAAGAGGGCAAGACGAUCGCCGAGAAAGCUGCUGCUGGUGACAAGGAAGGAAAGCAGCAUAUUUUCCAAGCUUUGCAAUAUAUGCGCAAACUCUGCAAUUCCCCAGCACUGGUCAUGAAGGAAGGCCAUAAGCAGUACGAGGAGACUCAACGUUUCCUCGCAAGACAAGGCACCAGUCUUCGCGAUCCCAUCCACGCUCCGAAACUUACGGCUUUGCGGGAUCUGCUUGUAGAUUGCGGAAUUGGCGUUGAUACUUCCUCCGAAGAAGUGACAACAGAAACAUCCUACGUCUCGCCCCAUCGCGCACUAGUCUUCUGCCAGAUGAAAGAAAUGUUGGACAUGGUCCAGAACGACGUUCUCAAGAAGAUGCUCCCCUCGGUACAAUAUCUCCGUAUGGAUGGUUCAGUCGAUGCCUCCAGGCGCCAAGAGAUCGUUAACAAAUUCAACUCCGACCCCUCUUAUGAUGUUCUACUCCUCACAACAUCCGUCGGAGGUUUAGGUCUCAACUUGACUGGUGCAGAUACCGUUAUCUUCGUGGAGCAUGAUUGGAACCCGCAGAAGGAUCUACAAGCUAUGGAUCGCGCCCACAGAAUUGGGCAGAAGAAGGUUGUUAACGUCUACCGGUUGAUCACGCGGGGGACGUUGGAGGAGAAGAUCAUGUCGCUCCAACGAUUCAAAAUCGACGUAGCUUCAACAGUUGUAAAUCAACAAAACGCUGGCCUGGGCACCAUGGAAACGGACCAGAUUCUGGACCUCUUCAAUCUGGGCGAUACAGCGGAAGGUAUCGACAAGCCGUCGCUGAACGGUGCCGAGGAGGGCCGCGAAGAGGACAUGGUGGACGCGACGGGCGAGGUGCGCGAGAAGGGCAAGAAAGGCUGGCUCGACGACCUCGGCGAGCUGUGGGACGACCGGCAGUACGAGGAGAGUUUCGACCUCGACGGCUUCCUGAAGACGAUGAAAUAAAUAAUGCUUCCAUCUCUUGUCCCGAAAUCCACCCGUUAGUGGAUCGGGAAGCUGAAGGAAGCCUUGCCUUCCUCCUCUUUUCUGAUUAUUUUUAUUCGUGUGUAUGCCUCUUUCACACAUCUUCUUUGCAUACACAUGGGCAUCAGCAUAAGGAUGGAUAUCCACAGAUGGGACGGAGUUUGGUUUCUGCGGGACCCGGGCAUAUAUGACAGAGAGAGACGGACAGCAUAAGCGUGCGUUGCUAUUUUCACCUCGAAUUGAGGAGGUGCUUGUACUAGUAGAUGCUACAGUGAUAUGGAAUUGUAUGAGUAGAGAAGAAAGAGACUUGAAGCCUG